AUGCCUUUAAGAACAGACUCAACAGCCAAUCCCACCCCUCCGCCCCCCACCAAACCCCUUUCAUCAUUUACCCGCCUCUCCAAAGCCGUCCGUCUCUACGAGCCUCCGAGUCCCAGCUCUUCUUCCAGUACUGCCCCUGCCUCUCCCACAGCACCAACAACCAUCCUCUUCUGCUCCUGGAUGAACGCCUCCUCCAAACACGUCCAGUACUACGCCACCUGGUACAGCACACGCUUCCCGCACGCCCGCAUUAUUCUCGUCAGCAUCACCACCGCGCAGUUCAUGCUCGACAGCGAGGCCAAACGCCGCUCAGACGUCAGCCCCGCCGUCACAGCCCUCCUAGCACGACCCCAGACUAACGAGCGGUUGCUCGUGCACGCCGUGAGCAAUGGGGGUAUGAAGCGCUUGUAUGGAAUCGCGGCCGUGUAUCGUGCGGCGACGGGAAAUGCACUCCCGGCAAAAGCAGUGGUUUCGGAUUCAGCGCCGGGGAUCCCCCAGUUUCGUAGGGAUAUGUAUGCGCUUGGGAUGGGGGCGAAGAAGUUUAGCUGGCUGGUUUGGCUGCCGUAUAUGCUGGUUGUUUUGGUGAGCACGGCGUGUGUUUAUGUGCUGGUGAAUUGGCUGCCGGUGUGGGUUAUGAGGGAGUUGGUGUGGGGGCCUACGGAGGGGCUUAAUAGUACGGAGUUGGUGGAUAGGGAGACUGUGAGGGGGUUUGUGUAUAGUAAGGAGGAUUUGGCGAUUGAUUGGAGGCAUGUGGAGGCGUUUGCUGGGGUGGCGGAGGAGAGGGGGUGGAGGGUGGAGAGGAUGUUGGUUGAGGAUGCUCAUCAUGCACAGUUGUUUAGGGGGAAGGGUGGGGAGAAGGAUUAUUGGGGGGUUUAUAGAGAGGGUUUGGGG